CACACACCCACGCCAAAUUGCCCAGCAACCACAGAAGGAUGACCUGCGCCGAUCUUGCAGUCGAUGACCUCAUCCGCCAGCGCGCGGAGCGGCACGAGGCUGCGGAGCGGGUGACGUGCGCCUCAAUCAUGCAGCGCCUCGAUGCGGCGGGCCACGAGCGGGAGCUGCUCCUCCGGCGGCUCCACGACGCAGAGGGCGAGCUAUCCCGACUCGGGACCGCGCAGCGCGAGGCGGCGGCUCUUGCGGAGGCCCGAGGUGCCGCGCUCGACCGCUGCCGCGAGAAGAUGUCGAAGCUCGCCCGCGCCAACCUCGAGCUGGAGCACCGGGCGCAGGCCGCUGCCAAGAGAGAGGCGGACGCGGCUCGCUGCGUCGAGGAGGCUGCGAGCGGCCACAUGGCCCAGGCCACCGCCGCGUCGCGAAGAGAGCGCUCACUCGACCAGCGUUGGCGCGAGGCGAGGGGCAAGCAGCUGGCCGCCGAGGAGGCGGAGAAGGCGGCACAGGCUCGACUCGAGGAGGCGUGCCAGCUCGGCCAGCGCGAGAGCAACAGGGCCUCUCGGGCAGAGGCGGAGGCCGGCAGGCUGCAGGCCGCCCUCGGCGAGCUGCAAGCCUCGCAUCGCGAGCUGAAGGCGUCGCACCGCUCGUUGCAGGACGAGCACCGCGAGUUGCAGGACGAGCACCGCUCGUUGCAGGACGAGCACCGCUCGCUGGAGGACGAGCAUCGCUCGCUGCGCGAGCGGGAGGAGGCGGAGGAGGCGCGCCGUGCCGACGAGGAUGCCAGGGAGCGCGACCGCCGAGAGCCACAGCUGGCGCGGGAGCGCGAGGAGCGCGAGGGGCUCCAGGCGAGGCUCGAGGCGCUCGAGCUUGAGAUCGCCGCAAGAGACGAGGCGGCGCGCCGGCAGGCAGAGGCCGCCGCCGCGCUGGCGGCUGUCAUCGACGAGCGCGACGACCGGAUCAGGGCGCUGGAGGGUCGAGGCGUCAGCUAAUGCGUUAACGCGACAUAAUAUUUAUCCUAAAGGGAACCCCACCACAAGAUUUUGCCGCUCUCCUGUGUGUCGCUGAUCGGGUUGUGAGAUGAGAGAGAGAUUUUUAGCAAUACCAAACAACUCU